AUGUCACUUGCCGAUUUAUGCAGGACCCAGUUCAGAGAAGCCUUUGGAGAAGCCUUUGGAGAAAGGAAACAAGUCAGGGACAAAUCUAUAACGUGUGCAGACUUGUGGAUGAAGGUUUGUUUAAGAGGAAGAGUGCGUAUUUGUCCAAUCAUUGAAGCCACUCAAAUACUCCGCCAUCUAAUCGCAACGAGGGAAGCAACCACCGCCCUUACUCCUACCGCUACUACAGCUAUUACCGCCAUUGUUACUUUCAAAUCAAUACACGGGAACAAGAACCUAUCGGUAACAGGAUGGUCUACAUCAACUAAACCAAAAGUCCAAACUAAUUUCGCGGACUGUAUCUGGUUUAACAUGGAAAAAAGCAAUGCAGAUAAUGGCUAUAUUCGCCAUCAUUGGCCUAUCAAUAAAAAAAAAAUUAAAAUCAUCAUCAUGCUUAGCUUGGGGAUAUACUUUUAUAUUCGAUCACCUUUAUACCCACAGUUGAAUGGCAAAGCGGUGUUUAUGGACAAAACAUGGACAAUAGGCAGACUGCUCUACAAAGUCACAGAGUGCCUCAACGUUACAAUACAUGUGGAUAUAAAUGAGCCCUUCGUCGUCAACGGGGCUCCUUUUCCCUAUUCUGUUUGUAAACAUGUCCCCAACAUUGAACAUCAGCAAAAAAGAUUAGGCAUCUUUCAUGUCAAGGACCCAGAGAAUGUAGCCCAGCCUACUUGGCAUGCAUGA